AUGCCUGUAAUUUCUGACAUUGGUGAGCUUAGACUUUUCGAGGGCUCCGCUUUCCUUUUCGCUGCUCCCUGCACUUUACUCAACUGGCCCCUCUUCACACCCUCAUACUUGACUGGCUUCUCGAUUCUAUCGCGUUUUGCCUUGAGAUGUUGCUUACGUAUAUCAACUCGAAAACGGCUUCCUGUUUGCCCCAUUACUUGCGUCCUGCCUUCGUCCCUCUGUGCUCACCUUGUGCUGCCGGACAGUUCGCUACCAGAAUUGGAGCCAGAAUUGGGCGAAUAUUCCUUCAAAGCGAGCAAAAAGAUAGCAUUAUCUAUGCGUCCUCUUUGCUGUCCUGAUUUUCUGCAAGCCUACAUGCUUUCGAAAUGCACAAUGAUAGACAGGAGCAUGCUGACGCACACGUAUGUACACAUGUUUUCAUGCAAUGCAAUCUAUCACACACUAUAUCAAUGCGUUGGAUAA